AUGUCGCCAAAAUCUAGAAGAACAGUCAUCACUAGUGUAAGAGAGUUCGAGAAUUUCUUCCAAGGAUGGUUAGUUCGUCAGGAACAUUACCUGGACGAGCUUCGAUCGAAUUUACGAACUUCUGAUCAUAGCUCCGACGAGGAACAUCUCCGUGAUUUGAUCGGUCGUGUUCUCGCGCAUUACCAGCAGUACUACGAGGAGAAAUCUCGAAUCUCGAAUCAUGAUGUGUCGUUAGUUUUCUCUCCGCCGUGGUUCUCGUCGUUUGAACGGAGUUUCUUCUGGAUUGCUGGAUUCAAGCCUGUAUUAACGUUUCGAAUUGUAGGUAGUUCGAUUGGGGAUAUGAGUGAGGAACAGGUGGAGAGAAUGGAGAGGCUGAAGGCGGAGACGAAGGCGGAUGAGAGGGUAUUGGAUAACGAGUUGGCGAGGAUUCAAGAAAGCGUAGCGGCGCCGCCGAUUGUUGAGAUUGCAAGGAGAGGAGGGAAUCCGCUCGUGGAUGGGGAGUAUGAUGAAAUGGAAUCGGUGAUUGAGACGUUGAGAACGCAGAUGGAGGUGGUUGUGGCGAACGCGGAUAUGUUGAGGACGAGAACGGCGGAGAAGGUGGUGGAGAUAUUAACGCCGGUGCAGAACUUGAGGUUUUUAGCGGCGGUGACGGAGUUGCAGCUUAAAAUCAGGAUGUGCGGUUGGCAGCUAGAUGCGCAGAUAGGACGAUGA